AUGCUCUUACGCAUUGUUACGUCCCACGUGCGCAAACGUACUCAGCACGGACAGAGCGUGUGCAAAGCUUUCCUCUUGCCCGUAAAACGUUACUUGUUUUACAGUUUUCGGCAGGUGUGCAGGCACCUGCACAGGCGGCCCGGGCCGCCGGUUAACGACCGCGUCCACGUGGCUAUCACGCGCUAUCUGGAGUACUGCUGGUGCCGCUGCCCGCCGGCCGCCGACUGUAGAACACAGCGUGACCUGCUAGUCAAAAGCUUCCCCGCACGUGCUGGAGCAUCUGCCGCUCCGGUCUCGUCUCAGCGUGUGCCUCGCUCGGUGCCGUUGUUGACGAGCGUGUCUCGGUGUCUCCACGCGUCCCGCCGCACGAACCACCGGCGCCUCGACCACCUGCCGCACUUCCACGUAGACCGCUUCGGCGUCCGCGACCCCUCCCUCUGUCUGCUUCUGUACCUACCGGUAUAUACACUACGAUCCCCCCUCCAGCAGCGGCGCUCGAUGAGCGCCACUCAUCGAACGCCGUUACGACGCCGUAUUCGUAGUUCUGUGCUGGUGGACGCAGCUGCAUGCGUUCAUGUUCGAGAAUGUGCCUCCGCCUAUCGUUCUGUGUACAAGAAGUACGUCUCCUCCCUUCACUGUAGCAGCGAUGCCGCAGGGGCCACCAGCAGCAGCCGGCUAGUCUCCUGUCGGCGGCUGCUCCACUCUCUCCUCUGCUUCAACUGCAGCGACCUCCUCUCCCCUCGUUGGCAUCCUCGUUCCCUGGUGUCCGACGGAACGCUUUCACCGGCUCUGGAGCGCAUACACCGUGCAGGAGCGCCGGCAGCCUCCGCCGUCACAGAUUCAACACCAACGGUGACACAGACAGGCCGCCGCGCCCUGGAACGCACAGAGGCAGCGGCAGCGACAGCGGUGCUUUCUGCAGAUUUGCAUCGGUUAGGACCACAAGCCCGUCGGGAGUACAUGAAUCCCUUGGACUGCUCCGCAGGAGCCGCUGAGAAGGUCACGUUUCUUCACACCCGCAGUGCAGCAACGGACGUGGCAGCGAGCCCAGCCGCAGGUGGCCUCUUGUGUGUGAAGCCACAGCAGCCUCGUGCACAGUUCGCGUUGCUGCAGCGAGAUGUCUGCGGGGGGAGCAGACCCACUUACCGUAGCCCCAGCAAAGACACUCCUGUCUAA